AACAGGGAAACCUUUUCAUAAUUUCAUAAGCUGGCAAGAUCGGAGGGCUGCUGGCCUUGUAAAAUCCUGGAACAGAUCUUUCUUAAUGAAGGCAGUCCAUGGUGUCUCCUCAGUGCUGCAUUUUUUCACUCGGAUUGAACUGUUUUUGUUAACAAGUACACUUGCUUUCACAACUCAACAUAUCUCUUUAAGGCUGGCUUGGGUUUUACAAAAUAUGCCAGAGGUGGAACAAGCUGUUAAAGACGAUAACUGCUGUUUUGGGACAGUUGACACAUGGCUAUUGUAUAAACUUACUAAAGGUGCAGUGUAUGCUACAGAUUAUUCAAAUGCAAGUACCACAGCAUUUUUUGAUCCAUUUAAGCUGCAGUGGAGUGUGAUUCUUGGCAAAUUAUUUUCCAUUCCAAUGUCAAUUUUUCCUCCAGUGAAGGACACAAGUUACAUGUUUGGAUUGGCUGAUGCUGAAAUAUUUGGAGAGCCUAUUCCAGUAACAGCUUUGGUAGCAGACCAACAAGCAGCCAUGUUUGGAGAAUGUUGUUUUAAUCCAGGUGAUGUUAAGGUCACCAUGGGGACUGGCUCAUUCUGGGAUAUUAACACUGGAAGCAAAGUUCAUGUAUCUGGGACAGGCUUAUAUCCGUUGGUUGGAUGGAAAAUUGGGAAAGAGCUGGCAUACUUAGCAGAAGGCAAUGCUUCUGAUACUGGGAAUGCUAUAAAAUGGGCUCAGGACUUAGAUCUUUUUAGCAAUGCUGAAGAGACAUCCAGAAUGUCAUACAGUCUGGACAAUUCAGGAGGAGUUUGCUUUGUUCCAUCUUUCAGUGGAUUGCAGAUUCCAGUGAACGACCCUUGUGCAUGUACCUCUUUUAUGGGGAUCACAUCCUCUACCACCAAAAACCAUCUUGUUCGAGCUGUGUUGGAAUCUAUUGCUUUCAGAAACAAACAGCUAUAUGAAACCAUCGCAAGAGAAGUGGAUAUUCCAACUACAUUCAUUUGUGCCGAUGGAGGUGUUAGUAAGAAUAAUUUUGUAAUGCAGAUGACUUCGGAUUUAAUUGACAAAACAAUAGACAAGCCUGUAAUUACAGACAUGUCUUGUCUUGGAGCAGCUUUUUUAUCAGGCCUUGCUAUAGGAUUUUGGAGUGACAAAGAAGAGCUUAAAAAGCUGAGAAAAACUGAUAUGGUUUUUACACCACAGAAGGAGCCAGAGGAAUAUGAAUUUGCCAUAAGUAACUGGAAAAAAGCUGUUCAGCGUUCUCUACAUUGGUAUAGUCAGAUAUCAUAAUAACAUUAGGUGCAAAAAUCUAGAUUGUCUAUGAAACUAUGGCUUACUUGGACAUUAAAUUCUGCUUUACAAUAGCAAAUACUGUACUUCAUAUGUACAGUUACUAAUCCUGUAUCAGUUGAAACAUCUGUGACCUUCAGUGACUACCAUGUAAUGUUGAAGAAGGUUGAAUGCCAGUGUUACAUGUGGUCCCAAGGGAUGACUUCCUGUAAGAGCAGUAGAUCUCUUCAGCAUUUUUCUGCUAGUUCGUGAUUUCACCAACUAUCACAAUAUCUACAUAAUUGAGUACAGAAUGUUUUCUCAUAAAAUUGUACCAAUGGUCCAAGUAGCAAACAGGCAUAUUUUAAAAAAAUGAUUUUGCUUUUGAUCCAUCAUACUUGAUAUGAUUUUCAUGGUUGAAGAAUAAUUUUGGAAAUCAGUCAGCCACCUGGCACUGCUUAGGAAACAAAAAAGUGUCUUGUUUGUGAAGUAUUGCUUCUGAUGCCUUAUCCUAAUUGUUAAAUUCCAUAAGGAGAAACUCCUUGCAAAUCUGUAAGCAGUGUGAACAGAUCAUGAUGAUCCACAGCAAGGAGAGUGUGGCAUCACAGCGUUUAUCUCUUGGUCUACAUUCCAGUUUUUCUAAGUGUUUAUAUACCGAUUCUACUCCCAGUGUUUCAAAUUUGUCCCCCAAUCACUGACAACUUCCCAAUCCAAUCAUUAACACUAUGUACUACCUCAGUUUAUAUGCAAUAGUGCACAUGCAAUAGAUGUUUUCUUUUGGCAGCUAAACUGUUAAAGCCCACAUGAGCAUCUGCUACACUGUGAGGGUCAGGUGGGGCUGAUGCACCUUCCAGAGACUUCUCCAUGUAGACAAGAGAAGAGUUUAACACCAUCCUUGUUCUCCCUUCUCCUUUUCUACUUCUUUCACCUGUAGCCAGCUAGUUGGCAUGAUAGCCAGCAUGUCCUCCCAGGCCUGGGUCACUGGGCAUUAUGGGGGAUACUCCUUUGGGAAUGCCUGCCCCUUCCUCUUCCCUGAGUGUUGCCCCACCCUUCUGGGUUGAUUUGCAAGAGCUAUUGCCAAUCAGGUGUGACUGGGCCAGGCUGGUUUCCUCACCUCCCUCAAUCAGCUAGUGCCAGCACAUUAAGGCUCAAAGCUGCCCAAUACAGCAGCUCUUCCUCUCUUGCCCUGCUCUGCUGGGUUGGACAUGCUGGCCUCUUGGGCAGGACUGAUUUCAAUGGACCUACUACCUGAAAGGCAGACAGACUGCCUUGCUGGGUCGACUGCCAGGGGUGGGGCUGAAUUCUGUUGCAUGCUCCUGUGCUCUCUUCUCUUCACCUUUGGGAAGUGCUGGGGCUACAGCCAGAUAACUCCAAACUUUUUUUCCCCAAAGGGGUUUAUGGUUAAAGCAGUAUAAAAAGCUGCUCAAGGGGGAAAGGGGUAGCAUCCUAUAAAUAAGGAGUGGAAAGCAGAUCUUUUCCACUUUCCCUAGCAGCUCCCUGUUCCACCCCUCCAAACCUUUUAUACUGGGAACCACAGAAGCCUCAUGAAAAAAUGCCAUGGGGCGCAGGUGGCUGCAGCAAAGAGGAGAAAUAAGUUGACACAGACCCCUUGUGGUGAUGGAGUCUCCUGCUCAAUGAGCAGAAGAGGGACAAUACUGCCAAUUUCUGCCUCCUUGCAGUAGUUGCACGGUUGUCCAUUUCACCCACACCGCUCCUGUGACUUGCAGUAUCAAUUUCUCAAAGAGUUUUCAGGGCUGCUGGGGAACAGGAUGCCAAUUAUAUAGUUAGCGAGAAAUCCAAACGUUAGAAACUUUGUUAGGAAUUUUUAGAAUUCCAAACACAACAUUUUAUCCUAGGAAACAGCUAAUGUCCUUGAGUCCUGUACUAAAGUUCGCAAUGUUCUGUGAAACUGCUGGCUAAUACCCGUUCUGCUGCCAUUUUAUGUACUCUCUGAAGAGUUUGUGGGUUUUUUUUCUGGAGCCGCAGGUUAACUUAAAAAAAAGGCCUUGUUAAUUAUUUUGAUUAAGCUUUCUUUAAGGCUGGAAAAGGGGUGUAUAGUAAUACAGCCUUGCUUUGGGAUACAAAUAAUAAUCUCUUCUCCAUAAACCAUUGUCCCCCAUCUAGUGGGCCCUAGAUAGAAUGCUACAGACACAAAGUGGAAUUUGUAGGUGAAUCAUAUAUUUUGCAACAUCAUAUGAAAAAACCUAGCACAUGCAUUUCUAGAUCCUACUGAUAGCAUGCAAAUGCAAUUAAGCAUCAACAUAAAAUGUUAUGUGGCUUUAAUUGCAGAAUCUGGGGGUUUUACCUAGAUUUUUGAAUGCAGAAUUCUGGAUAAACCUGCCAUAUGUUACCAUGAAGUGCCUGAAUGGGAAUGGGGCACAAACAGAAUUUUACAUGACAAAAAUCUGUACUGCAUUAUUUCCUCUGUGUGUAUAUCCAUAUCACCAUAUCCAGUGAAUUUUAAUAAUGAUUUAUUUUUAUAUGAAUCUGUUAGUUAUUCCAUAUUCUGGGCUACUGCUCCUGGGUGAACUUGACUUUGUGAACUUGAAAGAGAUGGAGAGUGCACAUGUGUGCAGAUGCUUUACAGGCCAUUGCCAUGGGCAUAUUUGCUUCGACUGUCUUGAGGUUGCAGAAAUGUAACCAACUAGAUUUCUAAUCGUGUAAUACAAGAAUUGUAUUGCUGCUCUAAAUUAAUGAUGGUUAUUAAAAUUAUAAGCACUA